AUGGCGGUGACGCGCGCAAUUCUGCGCCAUGUAUCCUCAUCAUCAUUCCCGGCGGCACGGAAUGCCUUCCCCAACAGAACCUUGACGAAGUCUGCAGUCCAAGGCCCACUGGACCCUCCGCUCUCAUUCAAGACACUCCCGGAAUACUUCAACAGCGAGGUGUUGAGCAAGUUUGGCGAUCGACCUGCAUUGAUCUGUAGGGAAGAACUUCCUCGUGCCCAUGGUGGACCAGCGUCGCAUAACCUGGGUGUGGGGACACACCUCGCAUGGGAUUUUAUGGAAUUCGAUCGACACAUAAACGCACUCGCGAGGGGGCUUUUGGCCAUGGGCGUGCAGAAGGGAGACCGUGUCGGGGUGAUUAUGGGGAAUAAUAGUUCGUAUGCUAUGCUUCAAUGGGCUUGUGCGAGUAUAGGGGCCAUUUUGGUUACAAUGAACCCAGCCUAUCGUUUGACUGAGCUUGUGUCCACACUGAACCUAUCUUCCGUUAAACAUCUAUUUGUCGUUCCUCAAAUACGAACAUCCACAUACGUUCGCACUCUGUCUGAAGCAUUCCUCGAAAUUCGUAACCAUCAACCUGGAGAACUUCAAAUUCCAGAUCUACCCCAUUUGCGCAACCUCGUCGUCGUUGAUAACAAGGAUGAACAUCGGGCAGAUUUGGCACCAUUGCACAUUAAGGGUACGGUUGACUGGCGGGAAAUUUUAGUAUGGAGAGAAGACAGUCGUGAAGCGCGACUACAAAAGGAUAUUUAUGCUGGUUUAGAUAAAGAUGAGGUUAUUAACUUACAAUUCACGAGCGGAACGACUGGCCUACCUAAAGCUGUAUCUGUGAGGAACCUAGCGGCUUGGGCGCACGGUUCAUCCAUCGUAUAUCCAUCUGCAAUAUUCGACGCACCGUCAAUCGUCGAUGCCGUCGUAGAAGAAAGGUGUACAGCAUUGCAUGGCGUACCUACGCAUUUCCUGGGAGUUUUGGCGGAAGUUAAGCAACGUCAGCAAGAUGGCAGAACUCCUGACAUGUCGACUUUGAGAACUGGAAUUGCAGCUGGAUCACCUAUACCUAUAGAUCUUAUGAAGCAUCUUAUAUCCGAGCUUAAUUUGACUGAAUUGACAAACGCGUAUGGAAUGACGGAGACGAGUCCAGUAUCAUUCCAGACCACGCCGGCUGAUCCCAUCAUCAAGCGCGUAGAAACUGUAGGAAAAGUUCAACCGCACGUCAAGGCGAAAAUCAUCGACACGCAAGGCAACGUCGUUGAUGUUGGGAAACCAGGCGAGAUUUGUGUUGCUGGAUAUUUGUUGCAAAAAGGGUACUGGGAAGACGACGAGCAGACUAGGAGCGUCAUGAAAAGGGAUGAGGACGGGACUCUUUGGAUGCAUACGGGAGACGAGGGUAUCAUGGAUGAGGAAGGCUAUCUAAGAGGCAAAACAGUCGUUGGAAGGAUCAAGGACAUCAUCAUCCGGGGUGGCGAAAACUUAUUCCCAGUCCAGAUAGAAAACGCUAUGACAGCUCAUCCAGAUAUACGAGAAGCAGCUGCAGUCGCGGUCCCCGAUGCUAAAUAUGGCGAGGUAGUAGGCGCGUGGAUUGUCCGUGAGCCAAACACGCAUAUCUCCAAGGAAGAAGUCCGCCAGGUUGUCUCAACAAACAUGAAUCCCCAGAAUGCCCCAGCUUGGGUGUGGUUCAUUGGAGAGGAUGGUAACCCUGCAGAGCUCCCAAAGACGGCAAGUGGCAAGGUUCAGAAGCACAUUUUGCGCAAGUGGAGCAAGGAUUUGGUAUUGAAGAAUUUGGGACGGGUCAGUGUUUAA